AUGAAAGUAAACUUUAUUAAGGUAUUCUUCACACUUUUAUCCAUCUUUGGUACCCUAGCGACAUCUUUGGGCAAUGAUAAGUUACUUAAGGCUGCUAACAAACGUUCUAAUAAGGUUAUCAAUUUAACCAAUAAAAAUUACAAGAGAAUUUUAAAUGACUCGCAAGAUGCAAACCUUAUUGUAUUAUUCUCGACUACCUCAGCUCAAUUUGGUUGUAACUUAUGUGCAGAAUUAGAAUCUGAAUUCGAUAAUAUUGUAGCUUCAUGGUUUCAAGAUCAUCCAGAUGCAACUUCCAAGUUAGACCCAUCUAAGGCACUAUUCUUUGCCAAGGCAGACGUCAAGAAUCCCCAAAAUAUUCCAGAGGUAUUUACCUACUAUAAACUUGCACAAAUUCCAAGAAUCUAUUUCUUCCCUGCUGGUCAAGAUAUGGACACAUUCACUGUCCUAGAAAUGCCACAAGAACCUGGUAUGAGCCGUGUACACAAUUUGAUCGAAAUUAUUAAACAUGUCGUUCAGAUUGAAGAUUUCACUACGCAUGAACCUGUUAACUGGUCAUCCUUCAUCAUUACUACUAUCACUGUCUUUAUCUCAGUAUUUAUCUUGAGAAAGAAUACAUCUGUGGCGUUACGUUUACUAUCCUCUAAAAUUAUUUGGGGUGUUCUAUCUGGAUGCUUUAUCAUCUUGAUGAUUAGUGGUCAAAUGUUUAAUAAGAUUAGAAAUACUAUGUUGGCUGGAACCACACAAGAAGGUGAAAUAAUAUACUUUAUGCCAAACGAUUUCCAAAACCAAUUUGCUAUCGAAACGCAAGUCAUUGGUGUCACUUACGGUGUUUUAGCUGCCUUACUCAUUGUUCUCGUUAUAGGAAUCCCUAAACUAACAGAUGCAUACAAGAAAUCAAACCGUCGUUCCGUUAUUGAAGCAUCAUUUUCAAUCUUAUGUGCUGUGUUAAUUUAUAUGUUCUUUUCUGCCCUAACUUAUGUCUUUGGAAUCAAGAGUAGCAGCUAUCCAUAUCAAUUAACUAAAUUGGCAAGAUUAUUCAACUAA